AUGGUAAAAAUAAAAAGUUUCUUUACACGCCACCUCAUCAUAGCUGUGGCUUUACUAGAGAAUGAAAUAAAAAAUAAACUGGGAUAUUCAGUUUUGUUAUAUUCGAAUGCACAAGGAAUAAGAAAUAAUCAAAUUAGUGAAUGGAAAAAUGAUUUGUUCAAUGGAUUCGAAGAGUGGUCAGACCGUUGGAAAAAGGAUUUGUUUUACGAAUUUGAAAACACUUGGUUUGAUGGAUGGAAAAAGGAUUUGCCUAGUAAAUGGAAAAAUGACAGUAUGAUACAAGACUCUGUAAAUAUUAUUUUAAGGCAUGCACCAAAAAGAAAUCGACAUGUAAUAAACAAAUAUAUUAAGGAAUUGUUAAGUGGAAGAUAUAAUGAAGUGAAUCCGAAAUUAUUAUUAUAUAGAAUAUCGAACUUAAUAAAAAGUGGAAAAGCCCAAAGUUUAUGUGAUGAUAAUAAAUCGUUUAUAAUAAUAGGUGUGCCACACUUAAUAUUCAAUUCAAAUAUAUUCAAUGAUUUAAAAUUAGAAACUAUAAAUUUUUUAGUUCGAAAUAUAGCAAAGCAUAUGAAUGGUUGUCUAUUAAAAGUUCGUCGAUCUCAUAUUUCUGAUAUUACUAAUGGAUGCCAAUCAGAUAUGGAUAAACAAAUUAUUUUUGAUGAUAAAAAAACAGAUGAGCCCACCAAUGGAUUAAAAUUAUCCCCAAGCAAUAAAUUCUUUAGUACUCUUUUACAGUGUUCCGUUGAUAAUUUAGGGUCAGGUGAAAAAACAUUGAUCUGUGUUCAAGAACAGCUAGCCAAAGAUAAUUUAAAAUUGUCCGAUACAUGUUCCAUUUGCUUUCAAGAAUCAGUUGAUUGUGGAAAAUCAAAUUGCUGGUUACCCUGUUUCUUUGGCAAUCCAUGUGGGGACCGAUGUUACAAGUGCGCUACCACCAGUUGCAAUAAGGAGUUGAUACAAUGUAGUGGCUUGGAGGACCUCCCAGGUGCCUGUUCGUAA